UACGUGCUCGUUCACGUUGUUCCGCAACGCACGUUCAAGUGGACGUCCCUGUUGCGUCAUUUGCGCGCCACCUCGCUCCCGAAGCACUUCUUUUCCCGAAAGCCUAAAGAUAACGUUAGAUGUUCCGAUUUCAGUCCCUGGAUGAAGACUGUACGCUGGAGGAGGAAGACGAUGGACUGAUACAGGAGGAAGAUGAAAUUGAUCAGUUCAACGAUGACACCUUCGGAGCUGGGGCCAUCGAUGACGACUGGCAGGAGGAACACAAACGCCUCGCUCAGCUCGAUGAGAGGGACGGGCUGGGACUGGGGUUAGGAGGGGAGAUGGGAGGAGAAUCAAAUUUAGGAGGAGCUGAGGACUCAUCCUCCACCCAUCUUCCUUCCUCUACGGGCCAUCUCCCCCAACCAUCUUCCAUCCCUUCACUCAAAUUCUCCUCGUCUUCCUCUGGACCCCCUCCACCAGAUGUGGAGGAUCGAGGAGGGGAAGGCGACUUGGCUGAGUCCCUGGCCAGACUCAUCCUGGAGGCUGACCCGGCCAUUGCUGGGGUCGGGGCAGCUGAGAGACCUGGUCCAUCCCCCAGCUCUUCAGGAUCCAGCCUGUCUGCUCUGCAGGGCCUAGACCUACCCAGAGUCCUGCCCUCCAUCCUGCAUCCCACUCAACCACACCAGCAUCCCCAUCACCUGCAGCACCAGCUGCCUCCUGGGCCCUCUACCUCAGGCCUUCCUCCUGGCCCUUCUCCCUCGUCUUUGCUCAGCUACCAACAGCAGCAGCACUUGCUACGCAGAGGGACUGCUCCUAUGGCCCAGAUGAACUCUCACAGUAUCUGGGAGAACAGUAUGGGGUUUGGGCCGGUCAGUGUCACCCCCGGACUGGUUACACACAUGGAGGAUAGUCCACUAAUGUCUAUAAUCAAGGAGGUGGGCCUUCCUAAACGACCUCCUCAAAGUAGAAAUGAUGAAGGACGGGAUUUGUCAGAAAGGGUCCCACCUCCACGCUCUUCUUCCCCUGUGAUUGGCUCCCCUCCGGUGAGGGCAGUGCCUAUUGGGACCCCGCCCAAACAGCCUAUGAGCCAUGCCCUGAAUCAUCAGAUCCACCACCCCACGGCGGUUCAUGUGAGAGCCCCAGUCCAACACAGAUACCCUCCUCCUUUUCCUGAGCGUGUGUCACCCAACACCCUACUCAAUAUAGCUAACUCUCCGCUGUGUCGCGGUCCGUUCCCUCCUGGAGUUGGUCCUGUCCUGUCACAGAUUCAACGGGCUCAGCUGCUCAACUCUCAGGUGGCUGGUUUUCCUCAUGGUGGUCCAGCGCCUCCUUUGUUACCAGGUGGUGGUUUUAGGCCGUUCUUCGGGGGCCCUCCUCCUCCACUUGGUCAUAGAAUGGGUCUGCCACCCCCUCAUGGCCCCCCUAAUCACACGCCACCUAUCCGGCACAACACCACACACCUUCACCCCCAGCACCGCCGCAUGCUCACCCAACGCAUGCAGAACCGGGGAGGGGACCGUGGCAGGACUGGAUUGGACCGGCGCAGCAGGGACCCCUACAGUAACCUUAUGACUCAAAAAGAGAAGGAAUGGGUAACCAAGAUCCAGAUGAUGCAGCUGCAAAGUACUGACCCUUACCUGGAUGACUACUACUAUCAGAACUACUAUGAAAAGAUGGAGAAACGUCAGGAAAGAGAGAGAGACAGCAGCAAGAAGGAACACACCACCAAACUGAUCACUCCACAGGUGGCCAAGGUUGAACACACCUACAGACCAGUUCAGUUUGCAGGCUCUCUCGGUAAGCUGACGGUCUCCAGCGUCAACAACCCUCGCAAGAUGAUUGAUGCUGUGGUGACAACCCGCACAGAUGACGAGGAAAAAAGAGAGAAGCAGGUUUGGAAUAAGAGGCGACAGAUCCUCUACACUGUGGAGAAAAUGUACAGUUUGCUGCUGGAAGUUCAAGACUUUGAGAAACGUUUUGUCCAGGUGCCAGAGGAGGACAGGGAGGCUCUUCUAGAGCAGCAUAAAACCAACACCUUGCAGCUGUGCAACUCUCUGCGGGAGUGGGAUGACCGAGUGAGUGAUGAGCAGUGUGUGAUGAUCAUGUCAGUGAGGAAGGGCAAGCGGCUCAUCUCCAGGCUCCUCUCUUUCCUGCCCUCACCCCAAGCUGCCGCCAUUGUCAUGGCGAUUUCUCGCAACCUUCCUGCCCUGGCCAAGAAGGACAAGCAGGACCAGGUGCUGUGCUGGUUAGUGGAGCCAAUUUCUGCUGUGAUCCAGUCAUUGUCAAGCUCUGCCCUUACAGACUUACUCCAGGAGCUUCAGGGCAGUGAGGGCCAACUGGCCACAGUAUUGCACAACAAGUUUGGUGUGACACUGCUGUAUCUGAUCCUGAGUGAAGGAGAGAGGAUGCAAAGUUCCGACCCCAACUGUCAACUCAUGGACGACAAUCGAUGGACGGAGUUGGUGUUUUCAGUGACGAGGGAGUUGCUCAGCGUGCCGGCCUCAUCACUCUCUUCUCCCCUCUUCACCCCUCCCAACCUGCUCUCCCUCUUCUCACGCUACGUUGAUCGGCAGAGGCUGGAGCUGUUACAGGACAAGCUACAGAUCUCUUCUUUGUCCUGAUAGAAGUUACAACAGAUAUCAACACAACCCCCUGCCCACCGGAUGCAGACCUGUGUGUGUGUGUGUGUGUGUGUGUGUGUGUGUGUGUGUGUGAUGAUGAAUUGAAUUUUAAUACAGCAGAAUCUCUAGUCACUUUUUUGUGUUUAGCUUCUGGUGUUUGCUUGUCUGUGUGAAUGAACGACAGUGACACAGCGCAUGAGAGAUGGACUGUAUGAUGAUGAUCUGCAUUUUUAAAUAUCUUGUUUACGAUUAUGCCUGUGAUGAACCUUCAAAUUAAAAAGUAUUUCUAUUUCUA